AUGCUUUUGAUCAAAGGCAGCAUUCUUUCUCCUCUGGCAAUUGUUGUUUUCUGUGUGCUCUUGUUAGCUUCCCAUUCCAGUUGCCAGGAUGCACAGGUUCCGCUGCAGGUGGAGCCUGAACCACCCCAAGCACCAGCUACGGUCCUGUCACCAACCCCGGAUCCGGCCCCAGCUAAGAAAGUAGCAGUGAUCGGUGCCGGAUCUGCAGGUGCUUCUGCUGCGUACUAUCUGCGACAAUUUACUGAUUUCUUUUCAAUCCCGCUCAACCUCACCGUCUACGAGCGGGCAUCUUACAUUGGUGGUCGAUCUACCACCGUCAAUCUGUUCGACGAUCCCAGUCUUCCAGUCGAGCUGGGUGCCUCUAUAUUUGUCGAGGUCAAUAAGAACCUGAUCCGAGCUACGAGGAAAUUCGGUCUGAAAUUGAGAGAUUCAGACUUUGGGCAACCAAAGGAAUCCGUUCAUAGCUUGGGUGUCUGGGAUGGCAGAGAGUUUGAAUUUCUCCAAGAGAGGGGGGGCUUGUAUUGGUGGAGCAUCUUCAAGCUAAUCUAUAGAUACGGUUGGGCACCCAUGAAGACGCAGAAUCUUAUGAAGUCGACAUUGAACAGGUUUUUGAAGCUGUACAAAUUUCCAUACUUCCCGUUCCAAUCUCUAUCCGACGCGGCUAUGAGUGCUGGUCUAGCCGAAGCGACUUGGACUUCCGGCGCUGAGUACCUGAAAGACAAUGGCGUAUCCGAGCAGUUCGCAAGGGAGAUCAUCCAGGCAAGCACACGGGUGAACUACGGGCAAAAUCUGCCCUUGAUCCACGGCCUUGAGACGAUGGUAUGCAUGGCGACAGAUGGCGCAGUCGCUGUGGAGGGCGGCAAUUGGCAAAUCUUCCAGUCCAUGCUUAACGCAUCAAAGGCAACGGUGCAUCUAAAUUCCCCCGUAACUAGUAUUGAGCUCUCUGGGAACAAGACAUACAAAGUCACCCAUCGCAACCCAGACAACACCCUUGCAGAAGACACUGUUGACCAUGUGGUGAUCGCCAACCCAUUUCAAUUCUCCAACAUCUCUAUUUCACCACGCCUGAAACGCCCAAUCGACUCUCCACAUUACGUCAACCUCCAUGUCACAAUUUUCGCCACCCCUUAUAAACUGUCACCAUCAUAUUUCAAAAUGCCUGCCGACUCGUCUGUUCCUGAGGUUGUCCUCACCACACUCCCUCCCGAUGUCAAGCUAGGCGCUCGAACUGAUGGUGUUGGUCCCGCUCAAUUCUGGUGCAUCAGCACCCUUCAAAAAGUCCAGCCGCCAGAAACCACUCGCAACGGCCUCCCCCCUGGGCCUCACUACGUGUACAAGAUAUUUUCGCCAAAGCAGUUGAAAGCAAGCUUCCUAAGCCAAAUCCUUGGAAUUGACGGGGUGCGCCUGCUGGAUAAUAAUUCCACUUCCAACACUGAUGAUGAUGGCGGUGAGGCCACCUACCGCGACGACCAGAGCAUAGCUGAUAUCUCGCCGUCACAUAUUAGCUGGUCUUAUGAGAAGGUGUGGCAGUCGUAUCCAUAUCUGUAUCCGCGGGUUACAUUCGAGGAUAUCAAACUGGCGCCAAACCUGUGGUAUACGAGCGGGAUGGAGAGUUUUAUCUCGACGAUGGAGACCAGUUCGUUGUCUGGGAUGAACGUUGCGGCGUUGAUACUGUCUGAGUGGGUUUCGAAGUUCGAGACGAAGUUGAAGAAAUUUGAGGAUGUAUGA